GGCUCCGGCCCCGGCCCGGAGCUUCAGCUUCAAGAUAAACAGUAAUGGCGGAGGCAGCAGCAACUGCAUCUACAGUCUCCGGAGGAGGCUGGACUAAACACGUCACCUGCAGGUAUUACAUGCAUGGGGUUUGCAAAGAAGGGAACAACUGCCGCUAUUCCCAUGACCUCACCACCAGCAAACCAGCCAUGAUCUGCAAAUACUUCCAGAAAGGAUGCUGUGCUUACGGGGACUGCUGCAGGUAUGACCACACCAAACCACCCAAGCAGGAUGUCCUGAGCGGUCCCAAGCCGAUGAUGCCAGCGGAGUGCAGCCUUGCCCCAGACUGCUCUCCGGAUCUCAAACUCAGUGGGCAGGGCAGGAAGGAGGGUCCACACUCCUCAAGCUCUGUUGACUGGGUCAAUGCGGCGGAGUUCGUGCCGGGCCAGCCAUACUGCGGGCGAGGCUUGGCUAGCACUCCUUUUAAAGGAGGACCACUGGUAAUGUUGCUCGAGGUAGUGAGAGGGGCUCCUAUGUGUGCAGAGUCUUCUCCAGGGCUGCUGAUAGAGGAGGAGUAUGACAAGCAGCAGCUGGCAGACAAGGAGCUGAAGAAGCAGCUGUGCCCGUACGCAGCGCUCGGAGAGUGUCGCUACGGUCUCAACUGCGCCUAUCUCCAUGGCGACGUGUGUGACAUGUGCGGGUUGCAGGUGCUCCACCCCUCCGACACCACACAGCGAUCCCAGCACAUCAAGGCAUGCAUCGAGGCUCACGAGAAGGACAUGGAGCUGUCGUUUGCAAUCCAGCGCAGUAAGGACAUGCUGUGUGGAAUCUGCAUGGAGGUGGUGUAUGAGAAGGCCAACCCCUGUGAGCGGCGCUUCGGCAUCCUGUCCAACUGCAGCCACUGCUACUGCCUCAAAUGCAUCCGCAAGUGGAGGAGCGCCAAGCACUUCGAGAGCAAGAUCAUCAAGUCCUGUCCUGAGUGUCGCAUCACGUCGAAUUUCGUCAUCCCUAGUGAGUACUGGGUGGAGGACAAAGAGGAGAAACAGAAGCUGAUCCAGAAGUACAAGGAUGCAAUGAGCAGCAAGCCAUGCCGCUAUUUCGAUGAGGGCCGUGGGACCUGCCCCUUCGGAGGGAACUGUUUCUACAAACACGCUUUCCCUGACGGGCGCCUGGAGGAGCCGCAGUCUCGGAGACGGCAGCAGGGAUCCGCGGGGAGGCACCGGACUCCGAGACGGACGCCCCUGUGGGAUUUGUUCGAGGGAGAAAGCAACGACUCGUUCGAUAACGACGAGGAGGAGGAGGAGGUGGUGACCUUUGAACUGGGGGAGAUGCUGCUGAUGCUGCUGGCCUCUGGCACUGAUGAUGAGCUAAGCGACUCUGAGGAUGAGUGGGAUCUGUUUCAUGAAGAAUUGGAUGAUUACUAUGAAGUGUACCUAUAGCCCGCCUCGUGGUGCUGAGUCUAUCUCGGCCUCUGUGUGUGUGUGUGCGCGCGUGCUGCACGGUAGCUUCAUCCCUGUGUGUGGCAGUGCCUUUCUGGGCAGGCCAUUGGAAAUAAAUACAUAAAUAAAUAAGCCAGGUAAAAAGAAAGAAAGGGGUCAACGUGCACUUGUGCUCAAACCUUUCUUCCUAGAAUAAUUAUGUCUGUAAUGUGAGUCUGUCAUUGUCCAGUUUGAUUAAAUAAUUAUACAUUUAAAGAAGUUCUAAAUACAGAAACGCGAAUAAACAUUGUAUAAUGGAAUGGGCAUGGAGGUGGCUUGUGUAUCGUCUACCCAGGUGUCCUGUGGAUGUUCUGAAGACACGGUUCAGCAGUGGGGUGUGGACAAUUUUAGGCACAGUUGCAUGAAAAUAACACUGAGCAAAUACGUGGUUCAAAUACCAUUUUAAACACAGACACUUUAAACCUUACCUGGAUAAGUUUUGAUGCACACUGUAUCACAUGUUUUUAAGCGGGUCUUGGAGCACAUUUUUUUAUAUUUGUUUUUAAUUCUGUAUGUAUGUAUGUUAAGUCAAGUAUAAUUCUGAGCUGUGAAAGCGUUCAAUGCAGCACACCUGUGGUAGAUAAUAACAAGCCUCUGCCCCAGCACUGAAUCCAUCACUCCAAUUACUUCGUAAUGGUGCAUCUCAGACCCACACCAAGGAAUUGGAAGCUUCUUACUUGAACCCUUUCCGUCCUGGAGGGACCUCAAGGUCCUGCCUUAUCUUAGCAUCAUAUGUUAGCUGGUGCUGUCAUAAAUCGUGUUGGAACCUCACGGGACUCCUAGGUCCCAGUCUGAGGUAGUGUAUAAAUAUAUCUAAAAAACAAGUGCGUCCUGUUCACAUGGAUAUUCAAUAAAGGAGUUUAUUUUUCAGUUCGACAUAAAUAAUUCAGGACUGAAAGGGUUAAACUCCAGUAUGUUGUAAUAAAGGGGAGGUUCUUGUUAACUCCUUACCACUACGAAGGCAAGCCUUGUAUAGCCGAAUCGCUGCGACUUCCCCAAUGUUACUUUGUGUGCAAGUUACAUUAUGAAAUAUGGAUGUAUUUAUACAGUAUGUGCAGGUUUUUACUACUAAACCAUUAAAAAAAACAAAUCUGACGAUUUCAGGUUUGUUCAUCAAGGGUCCCCAGGUUUCACUGAGCGUGACUUCAUUUUUUGUGCAUUUUCUGGCUUGUGUCUGCCAAGUGUUCUGGUGAGAUUAUUCCAGGAUGUCUUUUUAUAGUCCGACGUGUUGGGUGCAUUUCUGGCGACAUCAUUACAUGGAUGUUAAAUAACAAUAUUCUCUACGUUUGCCACAUUGUUAUUAAAUAAAGGCAUAGCAGACUGAA